AUGAAACUACUACCAUUAAGUUUCAGUUUCCUUCUUUUCACAUUUACAUUUGCUAAACAACUCCCCGUUUUUGAUGGCAAAACUUAUCAAAGCUAUUCACAUUCACGUAAUGUUUAUGCUUGUCGAAUGCAUAUUCACAAAACUAUUAAAGAAUGUUCUACCACUGAUAUAGAGGAUUAUGGCUGUAUGUGUACCAAUAAAGAUGCCAUCAGUACAUUCAUUCAAUGUUAUGCCUAUUUCCAAAAAAAUUCUACUCAAGCCAUUGAUUUUUUUGUCAAAUAUUGUGAUAAUUAUGGUAACAUCACCACCAACAUCGACCAAAUCACUGAUGCUUAUGAAGAUUUCCUCAAUAAUGGAUCAGACACAACAACUAUAACAAACAUUAAUAACAAUAAUAAUACCACUAACAACACUACUAGCAAUCAUUUGGAUUUUGAUUAUUCGAAAUAUGCUUAUGGACUUGAAGCCUCAAUUGAUCAAUUUUUAACCAAUUGGCAAAGAUCAUUUUUCUAUGGGAUGGCCAUGUCUUCUUAUUGGGGGUUUGUAUUAUUAUUUGGAACCAUUUCUAAUUGGACCCAAUAUUUAUUCCCUGGAUUAAUGACAGAUCUUACUGGUCCAUUUUCUAAUUGGUGGAGAAAGAAUUUAAGUUUACCUGCUACAUUUGGCACCAAAAAAACUCAAGAAUAUACAUUUUGGUUUAAAUAUUUACAAGGAUAUAUACCAUCAAGAUUAGAAUCAAUUAUUAAUAGUGGGUUUUGUUUAGUGGUGAUUAUUGUUUUAUCAAUUAAUACUUAUUAUAGUGUUGGUAAUGAAAUUAUUUUCACUAAUUAUGUUGCACAAUUACGUUAUCUUGCUAAUAGAACCGGAAUCAAUUCUACAAUAUUAAUGCCAUUUCUUGUUUUGUUUGCUGGCAGAAAUAAUAUUUUACAAUGGAUUACAAGAUGGAAUUAUGGAGUAUUUAUGAUGUUUCAUCGAUUUAUUGGUAGAAUGAUAUUUUUAUUUGUUGUUUUACAUGCAGUGACGUUUAGUAUUGCCUUGGGAGUCGAUUAUUAUCCAUUGAUGUCUUUCCCAUUUAUGAUUUGGGGAACAAUUUCUACUGUUGCUGGUGGCAUAAUAAUGGUCCAAGCAAGUCUAUAUGUAAGAAGAAGAUGGUACGAGGUGUUUUUAGGAUUACACAUUUUAUUGGCAUUAUUUUUCAUGAUUGGUGGUUGGGUUCACAUUAGUUAUUUGGGUUAUGAAUGGUGGGUAUUUGUAGCUAUUGGAUUAUGGGGGAUUGAUAGAAUUGUUAGGGUUUUACGAAUGAUAUCAUUUGGAUUUCCGGAAGCCGAUAUCACUUUAAUGUCAGAUGAAACUUUGAAAAUCAAGAUUCCUAGACCAGAUUAUUGGGAACCAAUACCGGGAGGUCAUAUUUUCAUUACAUUUUUAAGAAAAGACUGCUUUUGGCAAAGUCAUCCAUUUACAUUUGCCCCCUCAGUCGAGAACUCCAACACCAUUGUUUUAUAUACCAAAGUCAAACAAGGUGUCACUCGUAAAUUAUACAAUUAUCUUGUUACUUGUCCUGGAAGAAGAGCUAAAAUUACUGUUGGCGUUGAAGGUCCAUACGGUGAGUGUUGUGCUGCAGGAAAAUCACAAACAGCAGUAUUUAUUGCUGGAGGAAAUGGUGUUCCAGGGAUGUUUUCUGAGAUUUAUGAUUUGGCUAAAAGAAGCACACCCGAUUCACAGAAACGAUUGAAAUUAUAUUGGACAAUUAGAGAAUACCGUAGUAUUCAUUGGUUAUAUGAAGAAUUGAACGAGUUGAAAAAAUUCCAUAACGUCGAAGUCACAGUGUUUGUAACCAAACCAGACUCCAAUACAUAUAUCAAUGAGUUGAGUUCGAGAGUUAUUUCUGGUAAAUGUAACAGCACAGAAAAUUUUGAUGGGGCUACCACUGCCACCACUAGUUUAUAUGAAAAGGCUUCAUUUGAUGAUAAGGCAACUAUUGUGGUAACAAAUAGAGAUAUAACUUCCAAAUAUGAUCCAAAUUCAGUUAAAGAUGCUAUCAUUGCCCAAUUAUCCCACGUACAUUUCCGUGAAGGAAGACCAAAAAUAAAUACCAUCAUUAAAGAGGAGAUUGAAGAUGCACAAGGCUCAAUAUGUUUUGUGACCUGUGGCCAUCCAGCAAUGGUGGAUGACAUACGUGCUGAAGUAGUGGGGACUAUUGGUAAAUAUAAAGAAAAAAGAAUAGAUUAUUAUGAACAAUUAAUUGGCUGGGCAUAG